ACAGUUGAUCCAAACAACGGCGCGAGCUCCUUUCGGAGUCCGUCAGUCUUGUCGAUGGCGUUUGUCGGGAGCGGAUGAGCUCCAAGUCGACGGCACUCUGUCCUCGCGCAAUUUUGCACACUGUCGGACCACCGGUUGGGAUGUCCUCGUAAUAACUGCUGAACCGUCGCGGCGAAAUUUUCCGAGUUGUUGGUGCACUUUCUCGACGUGGUAGUAGUGACCAAGCCCGGAUGUGAUUGAACGUCGUCUGGACGUCGUCGGGAUGAAUCUGCGGGAUGUGACAGGUUUUCUUGACAUUGUGGAAAGUGUUCGUGCGAAGUUUUGGGAAAGAAACGAGUUGUGAAAAGGGCGAGCCAAAGUGUCAACAAACUUUUCGUUUUGAAAGGCAACGCGGAAGGUGCAAACGUUGCGAAAGGUUACUACUACAGCAAAGGUUGUUUCUAGCUGUGCAGAAUGAGUGAAGACAGCGAGUACAGAAUUCGUCUAGUAACCCUGGGCGGGGGCGGCGUUGGAAAGAGUUCCAUCGUGAAGCGGUUCCUGUUCAACACGUACUGCGACCGGUACAGACCAACGGUGGAAGAUCUCUUCUGCAAGGAAUUUGACCUUGAAACUAUGACCCUAAAGGUGGACAUUUUAGACACCGCCGGUGACCAUCAGUUCCCAGCGAUGCGUCGCCUCUCUAUUGCUAACGGCCAUGCCUUCCUCCUGGUCUACAGCAUAGACUCUCUAGCCUCUUUCAACAUCAUCAAACAGUGCUUCGAAGAGAUACGAGAACAGAAACCCGACUUUCAGGAAAUCCCCAUAAUAGUGGCCGGAAACAAACUGGACCUCACCGAGGACCAGCGCCAGGUCAGCAAAGAAGAUGUUGCCGAGUGGCUCUUUUGCGAACUUCCACGCCUCAGGGCGAAACUAAUCGAGUGCUCAGCGAAGGACAACAUCAACAUCCGCGACAUAUUCAGGACCUAUCUUCAACUUGCCAGGAUUCCCAUGCCAUGCGAACAGACGGGCGUCAAAAGGAGGUUGAGCGUCAGGGCCCCUCCGAAGUCAAGGCAGGCCACGAAUCUACAGAGGGAAUUCGGAGCCAGUUCCACGUCAGACCUGCAUUCGUCAUCGUCCUCUAUGCUAGAUGGCGCCUGUAGUCAAAAGUCGAAGCCAAGAAGCCGGUCGCUAAUACGGAGGACAAGCAAGAAGACGUCCAGGUUAAAAGAGCAAGGUGGCGCUGACGCAGAUGAUUGCACCGUGUCCUGAUUGGGUGGCAUACAUUUAAAUUUUUUCAAUUUAUUCUGGGAUUUCUUCUGGUUUGUAAUAUAAGGUGGCACUGGGGGUAUAUGGGACUCGAAGUAUGUCAGUGACUCGACUCUCAAUGCAGGAUAUCCACGCAGUACGGUUGGUGUGACGUGUCGCAUGGGAUUGAUUUGGUCUUUAGUUCGGCCGCUGACAUAAAAUAGAAGACAGUGUAGCGCAGCUAUUGUCACGAAGAUUUUGCUGAUAAGAGAACUAAGGAAGCAUGACAUUGUCAAUGUCGGUUGAGUGACAUCAGCAUUGCCAUCCGUUCCCAACCAUCCGAGUUUUGGGAUGGACGAAUCAAGCGAGAAGAGUGACCUUGCCAGAAUUCUGGCGUUUGUUGUCCGAAUGAUAUUCGAAACGUGCGUUAUGACCACGUGAUAAUCUACUGCGUUGAACGAUUACAGCCUUCAGUGCGCACAGCUCCACCUGGAGGAAGAGUCGCAUAAACGUCCAUUCCUGUACAGAUGGUUUCGCACCCUCUUUGGGAUUCCUUCUUUCACACGAAGGAAGGGCAGUGCGCAUGCAUGGUUUCACGUAAAUGUAGUGAUGUUACAUGUUUUUGUGGAGAGCGAGUCCAAUGGUCGUCGUUAUGGUAUCGACAAAGUGUUGAUUCACAGUGUGUUUUAUAUUUCUAGUCUUAGCACAUAUCAAUUUAGAAUGCAUUUCAAUUGAAAGUGUCGUUGGUGUUGUUGUGAGAGGGACGUGAUGUUUGUACUGGACCCGUGUUACGGUUGGUUGUUGGGAACAUUAGGAUAGCAUCUCUCUCAAUUCGUCAUGUGUUGAAUUCAGUGUCGUUGCUUGGCGACGACGAGAAGCUGGCAUGCUAUGUACCUUUUAGUUGAAGACGAACUUGGCGAUGAAGCCGUUUACCAAA